UACUUCCGGUAACGAAUCUGGAACAAUUAAACCCCCCUGCAAGCACAUCCACAAAUGGGGAAGGUUGGAGCACGCCAACACCGAUGGGGGAGAAAUGCUAUCACUAAGCAGUGGGUAAUCAAGGGCCCGCCCGCCAUUGCUGGAGAAGCCAGGCACGAACAGAAGGAAAGGUUAUUGUGCUAGAAUGAUAUUGGGUAACCGAGUGGAAGGGAUGGGUAGAUGGCCGCGAUAGAAACUUCGCACACCCUCCCCAGCACCCUUGCGUCGAACGCUUUUUCCCCCGGUGGACUUGAGUGAGGGCGAGCCCAAUAUUCCCUGGAUAGAAGGACAGGUCCCGCAAACACUGUCCAACGCCGGUCCCGGGAACAUAUAUAAGACCUCUCCAAUCUGCCCUUCUCAUCCCAUUCUCCUUCCCACCCCACAACGGUCUACUUAACAUCUAGCAAGCGUCUUCAUCCACAUCUUCCCCCCCCCACCACCACCACCACAAGACUCUUCCCAAACAGCAAGCAUCAAACAAACAGCAGCAAUGGCCCCCCCUAAAGUCGCUAUCAUCAUCUACUCCAUGUACCAGCACAUCCGUCAGCUCGCUGAAGAGGAGGCUGAGGGUAUUAAAAAAGCUGGCGGAGUAGCCGAAAUCUACCAGUGAGUUUUCCUUGCCCCCUUUGAGUCUUUACGGGCUUAUUCCCUCUGACGGGGCUCUCUCUAUAAACAUUAGAGCUGCCACUGACAUUGCUCUUACAGGAUCCCAGAGACUCUGGGCCCCGAUGUCCUCAAGGCUAUGCACGCCCCCGAUAAGCCUGAUUACCCUGAAAUCACCGCUGCCAAGUUGCCCGAUUUCGACGCUUUCCUUUUCGGUAUCCCCACCCGCUAUGGUAAUUUUCCCGGCCAGUGGAAGGCAUUCAUCGACACCACCGGUGGUCUCUGGGCCAAGGGUGAUCUCCAUGGUGUGUUUGCUCCUAAUUUUCCCAAUACGAGUUUCCCCUAAUAGUCUCACAGGCAAAUACGUCGGCGUUUUCGUCUCCACUGGCACUCAGGGUGGUGGGCAAGAGGUCACUGCCUUGAACGCCAUGUCUACCUUUGUCCACCAUGGAAUGAUCUUCGUUCCUUUGGGCUACAAGACCGCUUUUGGUCUCCUCGCCGACGGCUCUGAGGUCCGCGGUGGUUCCCCAUGGGGCGCUGGUACCUUUGCUGUAUGUUUCACAAUUUCUCCUCUCCCCCUUCGUGUUAUUGACAAUCAUCCCACAGGGCGGUGACGGAUCUCGCCAGCCCAGCGAAAAGGAGAAGCAACUCGCCCGAGUCCAGGGUGAAAGUUUCUACAAGACUGUUAGCCGCGUCAACUUUCCGUGA